CCUGCCUUGCUAUCCUCGCCAUUGUCUCGGACGUUCCAUUCUAGAACGUCGUAACCUCCAGCGCUCCAUCCCCGGACCACCCAGCAAGCUAGAACCAUGAGGGAGAUCGUUCACAUCCAGGCCGGUCAGUGUGGCAACCAGAUCGGAGCUAAGUUCUGGGAGGUCAUCAGUGACGAGCACGGAAUCGACCCAACAGGAACAUACCAUGGAGACAGCGACCUGCAGCUGGACAGGAUCAGCGUCUACUACAAUGAGGCAACAGGUGGCAAAUAUGUCCCAAGAGCCAUCCUCGUCGAUCUGGAGCCAGGAACAAUGGACUCUGUCCGAUCCGGGCCCUUCGGACAGAUAUUCAGGCCCGACAAUUUUGUAUUUGGACAAAGUGGUGCUGGCAACAACUGGGCUAAGGGCCACUACACAGAAGGAGCUGAGCUGGUAGACUCUGUUCUAGAUGUGGUGAGAAAGGAGGCAGAGAGCUGUGAUUGUCUUCAGGGCUUCCAGCUUACACACUCCCUGGGUGGUGGUACCGGAUCUGGUAUGGGCACACUUCUCAUCAGCAAAAUCCGAGAAGAGUAUCCUGACCGUAUCAUGAACACCUUCAGUGUUGUGCCCUCCCCCAAGGUGUCCGACACUGUUGUGGAACCCUACAACGCCACACUCUCUGUUCAUCAACUGGUUGAAAACACAGAUGAGACCUACUGCAUUGACAAUGAAGCCCUUUACGACAUCUGCUUCCGCACCUUGAAGUUAACCACCCCAACCUACGGAGACCUGAACCAUCUGGUUAGUGCUACCAUGAGUGGAGUCACCACCUGCUUACGUUUCCCAGGCCAGCUGAAUGCUGAUCUUCGCAAACUGGCAGUCAACAUGGUCCCCUUCCCACGUCUCCACUUCUUUAUGCCAGGGUUCGCUCCUCUGACCAGCCGAGGCAGUCAGCAGUACCGUGCGCUAACCGUGCCUGAGCUCACUCAGCAGGUGUUCGAUGCUAAGAACAUGAUGGCUGCCUGUGAUCCACGCCACGGCCGGUAUCUGACAGUGGCAGCAGUGUUCCGUGGUCGCAUGUCCAUGAAGGAGGUUGACGAGCAGAUGCUUAAUGUCCAGAACAAGAACAGCAGCUACUUCGUAGAAUGGAUCCCCAACAAUGUCAAGACGGCAGUGUGCGACAUCCCACCACGCGGCCUUAAGAUGGCAGUCACAUUCAUCGGCAACAGCACUGCCAUCCAGGAGCUGUUCAAACGCAUCUCGGAGCAGUUCACUGCCAUGUUCCGUCGCAAGGCUUUCCUCCACUGGUACACGGGAGAGGGCAUGGACGAAAUGGAGUUCACAGAGGCUGAAAGCAACAUGAAUGACCUUGUCUCCGAGUACCAACAGUACCAAGAUGCUACAGCAGAAGAAGAGGAAGAUUUCAAUGAAGAAGCAGAGGAGGAGGCUUGAGAUCUCUCUACCGCCACCUUUACCACCACUACUCCUUCUCCGUCUCCACUUCUUCCUCCUCCUUCAUUCUCAGGCUGAGAGAAAAAAAAAAGUCUUUACAGAUGAUCUCCAUUUGUUUUAUUCCUCCAUCCUUUUUCAUUUUUCAGUGUUUUUGUUUUAUGCUUCUCAUUCUUUCUCCUGUAUAUGUUGCUUCAGUCUUGUAGAAAGUCCUUGAUAGUAGGCCCUGGUUGGAGCAGGUUACAUCUUGUUAAGGUUUUCAGUUUGAUCUUAGGAGUUGCCGUAGCGGGCUCCUUAGAUGACCGGCAAACCUUUGAUUACUCGGGUUCAAUCAAAAGGUGGCCUACUUAAAGUAAAAAUUCUCGACCUUUACCUGUAGCUUAGUGCUGGUCUCUAGCUACAGGUUGGUUCAAAGUCUAAUUAUACCCGGAGAUUGUAGAAGAGCCUAAAACCAUCUAAUCCCAACGAUACUUUUCUGAGCCCCGUUCAGUGGCGGCUUCUUUGUCCUUUUUUACAAGCGGUUUCCUUUGUUUUUUUUUGUUUUCCUUAAGUUAUUACUGUGGACACACAUAAAAUGUACCAAUCACUGCCACUUCCCUAAUUGCCAACUAAAUGGAAACCGUGAAAAAAUGUCUCCAAUUUUAGCUUGGCUUAAUAUAGGUCUCAAUAUAAAAAAAAAGGCUUUGCCCCCAUCAUUGUUUACAAUAUAACAACUAGUGCUUGAGAUCUAACAAAAUGCACUUACCACUCUUUACAGCAAACAGUAUUUUUAAAUUUGCAGAUUUUGGUUUUAUUAAUGAAAUGGGCCUUAAUUCUGCAGCCUGGGACGGCCGUACUCGAGUUGGCCUGAAGUUAUCAAGGGAACGAUUGUAUUUAAAAAGAGAAAAAUAAUGAGUCUUGCUGUAAGCAAAUGGAAGGAAUUGUGGGGAAGAAUCUUUCUCUAAGUAAAAAUUGGAUGUUUGUUUUUUUUCUCCUGUUUUUAUUUUUGUUGUUCUGUUCAUCCUUUUCCUCUCUUUCUCUCCCCAUGCCAUAAUUAUUUUUUUAUUUUACUGUUGCUUUUUCAUAUUGAAAAGAUGACAAGCCUGUGACGGAAAAAAAAAUAAUAAAACAGUUUUUUUUAAGUUUU